UAGCAGUUUCAUCUGAGAAGAGUAGAGGAGUUCCAGAGUUUCAGCUUUUCAAGGAUUCGCCUUAACGGCGCCCCACAUUCUGCUUUUUUUACUCUUAAGUCACACACCCGUCGCGGAAGAAGGACAUAACAGUGGGCGACUGUUUUUUUUUUUGCAGCGUUUUUCUCACCCACGAUGAGUGGAGCGACGUACGACAGGAAGCUAUCCGGCAUUUCUGCUGAUCUCUCUGGCUCUAUGAGCUGCCACCCGGGUUCCAAGGACUCGCCUACUCUACCUGAGUCAUCGGCCACGGACAUGGGCUACUACACAGCACACCAAGGCCACCAUGACUACUAUCCCGGUCAGGCUUACGCACAAGGGCCUCACAACCCCUCUUACCACCAGUUUAACGUGUGCGCGAUGAGCGGCGCGUCUCCGUACGGCGCCAAGGCCGAGUACGCUUAUGGCAACGCGUAUCGCCAUCAAUACGGCCAGUACAGCAGAGACGGACACACGCCACCACAAAACGCAGUGAAAGAGGAGCCGGAGACUGAAGUUCGGAUGGUGAAUGGAAAACCCAAGAAAGUGCGCAAGCCACGUACCAUCUACUCCAGCUACCAGCUCGCGGCGCUGCAGCGGCGCUUCCAAAAGGCGCAGUACCUCGCGCUCCCGGAAAGAGCUGAACUUGCUGCACAACUCGGCUUAACACAGACACAGGUGAAGAUAUGGUUUCAGAACCGGAGGUCCAAGUUCAAGAAGCUGUACAAGAACGGUGAGAUCCCGCUGGAUCACAGUCCCAACGCAAGCGACUCCAUGUCAUGUAACUCACCGCCCUCGCCCGCGCUCUGGGACACCGGCGCGCACGCGAACCCGGUUGGCCGCGGUCACAUGACGCCGGUCGGUCUCAGCUCUUCGACGCCGCCCUACCCGGAAGACUACAGCAGCGCGUGGUACCAGCAGCACGGUCCUCCGCAAAGCGUCUACUGACCACAGACUUUCACUCCAAGAGUUUAAUAUAAAAUAAGACAAAAGGGACUGGACUUUAUUUUUGUAAUCUUUAUAUACACGAGCGCAUAGGCUGUUCGUACGAAGAUAAGCUGAGAGAGAGAGAGAGAGAGAGAGAGAGAGAGAACAAAUCCUCUGAAAAAAGUGACUGAUUAAAAAUUUUAAUCAGCCUGAGAAGAGAAAAGAAGACAAGAGAAGAUUGUAGGACAGAAAGAAGAUAACAUUUUGUUGCAGAAAUAUUUCACGCGCUCGACUAUGCAGAUCCUAGGCCUAAAGUUAUAGCGUGGUUUUAAAUUAUUUUAUUUACUCAACCCCUUAUUCAUAUUGAUGUUUACGGAUAGCAAUGUUCAAAUAGUCUAUUUUUUGUUUACAUGAGGAAAGGUACAAUAGUCCCCAACAUUUGUGCAGUUGCCCGACACACCAACCAUAAUGUCACACCGCUUCAGAGACUCAGGACAUAAGUUAUAUCAGUUUGUACAAAAUGUAGCUGUGUAUAUAGAUGUGUGUGUGUGAGUGAGUGUGUGCGUAUGAGAGUGUGUUUAAAUAAAACGGAACCACUAAACAAUAUUGUUCAUAACCCCCCAACGUUUUUAUAAAGGAUUCUCGUGCUUUUAUUGUAAUGUUGUUACAGAAUGAAUAAAUGCAAAUCUCAACUCA